CUUUCCGGAUGUUAAAAAUAACGACAUCACGUAAAAUAUCAACGACAGUCUCUGGGACAUCAUGAUGGACCACCGCCUGCAAACAUGUUUAUGUCCUGAAACGAAGCUGAAAUGUGAAGUUUUACCAUCAGAUGUGCUAAAAGUAGUCAUUGGUGAAGAAGAGCAGCAGGAGCGCAGGGUGAAGCAGGAGGAGCCACUGCCCGCCUACAUUAAAGAGGAAGAGGAGGAGCACAGCAUCAGCCAAGAAGAAGAGGAACUAAAAGGGUUUAAGGAGGUGGACAUAAGCAAGGUCCAAGUGAAGAAUGAAGAAGAUGAUGAGGAGCGAGCCGAGUGGUCACAUUUUCAUCACAGUGAGGAGAUGAGAGGCGAAGACUACAUCUUAGAUCCACUGUCAGACUGUGAAGACACAUCACAAUCUACGGACACUGAUGAAGAACUUCUGAAGACUAAAAAACACUCGAUAGGCGACCACGACAAACACUUUCAAUGUUCUCAUUGUAACAAAAGUUUUGGGAAAAAAAAGAAUCUGACAACACACAUGUCGCUUCACACGGCAGAAAACCCUUUUAGUUGCUCGUUUUGCAGUAAAACAUUUAAGAAGCGCUCCAAUUUAAUCACCCACUGUCGUAUUCACACCGGAGAGAAACCGUUCUCCUGCUCGCUUUGCGGCCUUAAGUUCUCUCAGAAAGGCAGCUUGGUGAGACACACCACGACUCACACUGGAGAAAAGACGUUUACCUGCCCGGUCUGCAACGUAAGUUUGUGUCAGCGCUCCGACUUGAUCGUCCACUCUCGCAUUCACACCGGAGAAAAACCUUUCACUUGCUCACUUUGCGGUGUCAAGUUCUCUCAAAAAGGUAGCUUGGCUAGACACAGGAGGAGCCACACCGGGGAGAAACCUUUUUCCUGCUUAAUCUGCAACACCAGCUACAGUCGGCGGUCAGCUUUGGUCCAUCACAUGAGAACACACACAGGAGAGAUUUGUAGUUGAGUGUGUGAUGAUUAAAAAGUCUGAAAAAUAUGGAACUAUUGGUACUUUAAUACAUACGUGUUGGAUGUUGAAUCCAACACGCUAAACAAAUGUUCAAGCAUUCCUUGACCUAAGGCAGCAGUGUCCAAAGUGUGGCCAGCAGCUUGUUUUUUAUGAGCAAAAAGACAAUAAAAAAGAGGAGAGUUAAAGAAACGUCGUAACUUAAAGCUACAUUAUUUCUAAAUGACCACCUACGUCCCUCAAACGCUUUUCUUCUAUUCCUUUGCGGGCUUGGGAGAGAGACCAUUGCAUUGCUUUAUUUUCGCUGGAGCGGGAUUUUUCCAAGUUUAAAGAUAGUCUUUAUCCUUCAGUCGCAGCAUUUAAGCGAAUUGGACCAGGCAUCUAGUGUUGAUUUCCCCACUUUCUUAACAUUUUACCAUUUCUAAUUUCAUUUCACUUUCAUUUUCUUUGACGUACUGCCAUCAGAAAAGUCUGCCUCCCGCUUGGAAGAUGCAAUGAUGGGGAAAAAGUGAAUCGCACGCAGCUGGUUGUAUUUUUAUACAGUAUUAAUCAUUUGUGGGACUGCAUCAUAACCACGAAAUGAAAACACGAGUUCUGCCUGCAAGUUUUUUUUAAAGCGUUUUUACAAUAUUUUAAAUAAAUAUAUUACAAUUUUUCAGUAUGCAUCCCUUGGUGGAAAAAGGAUCAUGUCGCCAUGACUCUAAUAUUUUUCCAGAGAUUUGUUGAAUCUUUUAUGGCAGUAAAACUGUGGUAUUUAAUAAUUAUGUAAACUUGUCAGCGUCCAAUCAGAAACUCUAAAAGGACCACCACAUUGUACAGCAGUGCUUUGUGAACUGUAUUAAAAUCUUACCUGUCAAGUGUGGACACAGAUGUCCAAACAUGUCUGGUCAUCUGUUGAGGUCUUUUCCCGCCACAUGUAGGCAGGGGGCGCUGUUUCAAGUAACACAAACGGUCUUUCAAAUACAGUCAUUUGUAGUUUAUGGAGGAAAAGCCCUGUAUCCAUGGCAACGGCACAGGCGGCAAUAAAAA